CAUGCACGACAAAAUUGGGUGUUUUCCUUGCCUCGAUAGUAAGAAUUCAAUAUACCCGCGGUGACCAUCCAGGAGCCUUGAUAUAUUUAAUUUUUAAUCGUUACUGGAUGUUAUACGUAUGUGUUACUGUAUGUUAUAUGUAUGAUGAAUCUAUGUACGAAAAAUAUUAGAAAGUCAUUGUAUUGUCAUCGCAUAAAAGAAAACUUACUUACCGAAGCUUACUUUUUAAAUUACAAGAAGAAAAUGGCAUGCACGACAAAAUUGGGUGUUUUCCUCGCCUCGAUAUUAAGAAUUCAAUAUAGCCGCGGUGACCAUCCAGGAGCCUUAAUAUAUUUAAUUUUUUACCGUUACUGGAUGUUAUACGUAUGUGUUACUGUAUGUUAUAUGUAUGAUGAAUCUGUGUACGAAAAGUAUUAGAAAGUCAUUGUAUUGUCAUCGCAUAAAAGAAAACUUACUCUUACCGAAGCUUACUUUUUAAAUUAUAAGAAGAAAUAGUUGGGAAUUACGGACUGUAUACGCUGCGUACUAUCGCGUAUAGCAAGCAGCUGAUCCCAGCAAGCGCUCCCCAUAAUCACCUGCGUCGGACGAUGAGUUGCGUUGCCCCUGCCUACAGGCACUAUCUUCUGGUCGGAUAUGAAGCUGAAGCGAAUCUCGCGAUUAGAUCGCGGUAGUGAUCAUCAAGACAUAAUGAGCACCGGUUUAGAUCUGGUGGAAGGUCUAGCCUACGACUGGAUUGGUCAGAAUCUGUAUUGGUUAGACUCAAAGCUGAAUACAAUCGAAGUAGCUAAGGAGACUGGAGCUGGAAGAAUGAUUCUUGUCAAGGAGAAUAUUACGCAGCCACGUGGAAUGUGUUUGGAUCCCAAUCCAGGUGCGAGAUGGCUCUUCUGGACCGAUUGGGGUGAAAACCCUAGAAUUGAAAGAAUUGGUAUGGACGACACCAAUCGAUCGACCAUCAUCAGCACAAAGAUUUACUGGCCGAACGGUCUAGCGCUAGAUAUCGCAAAUCGCAGAAUAUAUUUUGCGGACAGCAAGCUAGAUUUCAUCGACACAUGUUUGUACGAUGGCAGCAAGAGACUUCAGGUUCUAGCCAGUUUGCACUAUCUUCUGCAUCCCCAUUCCCUUACUCUUUUUGAGGACACUAUGUAUUGGACCGAUAGACAGCUCAAUCGAGUACUUUCCGCACACAAGUUUAAGGGCUCCAAUCAGACGGUGAUGUCGCAUCUAAUUUCCCGGCCGCUUUCUAUACACGUACAUCAUCCAGUGCUACAACCGAUCACUGCGAAUCCUUGUGCUAACACAUCCUGUGAACAUUUAUGUCUUCUGUCGCCCAUUAACCCGAAAGGAUACAGUUGUAAAUGCCAAGUUGGAUUUAAUUUGCUACCUGACGGGCGCUGUAUGGAAGAAGAGACACCAUACUUAAUAGUUCUUCGGAGUUCUCAGAUUGUUGACGUUUAUUUAACGCCUAAAGAAACCAAGACUGGAUACAUCACGCCCAUCGUAGGUGUGGAAGGCGGAAGAUUGAUAGAAUAUGAUAGAAGAGAUUGUAUUAUUUACUGGCUGCAAGAAAAAGAUGGCGACAGCAAAAAUGGCACGAUUUAUGGCAUUCUUUACAACGGUGGCAACCGGACAGAGUUUCCAAACGUUUCCAAACCGAAAGCGAUGUGCGUGGACCCUAUUGACAGACAAAUAUUUUGGGUGGACGACGGAGGUUUUGGAAUACCUCGAAAGAUCGGACGAGUGAAUAUGGACGGCACUAAUCCGCUGGUCCUCGUAGAGAACAUAGAACGUUCUGAAGCAAUUACCAUCGAUAUACCUAGCAAGACGCUAUACUUUUCCUGCCAGAAUCCGGCUUUUAUUAAAGCUAUGUCGACAGACGGUCUGAAUGUCCGCACCAUUCUUACUGCUGCAAACAACAUGGCUUUGCCUAAGGCGAUAGCUGUCCAUGAGUCUCGUCUGUACUACUUGGACCCGCUUUAUGACAAAAUUGAACGUGUUGAUCUGCCUAACGGCGACAAUCCAACCACUAUCAUUGACAACGACUCGGAGCUUCGUACUUUGACCAUUUAUAAAAAACGUGUGACCGGAUCUCAUCCUUGUCUUAUAAACAAUGGCGAAUGCGAGCAGCUUUGUCUGCCUGCGUCUGGAGGUACGCGCGUUUGUGCUUACGAAAUGAAAUAUAAGAAGGUCACGGAAACCAGAUGCGAGCCUUACAAGACUAUUGCCGUGGUAACUCAGCUGGAUGUUGCCCGGGGUUACAGUCUCAAGGACUCCAAGGAAGCCAUGGUACCCAUUACUAAAAUUGGUCAUCAUAUCCUCCAUGUUGAUGUACAUUACGCGGGCAACUGGAUAUAUUGGGUGGAAUUUAAUCGAGGCAUCUGGAAUGGUAUCUUCAGAAUACGAUUUUAGAAUACAGAAUACGACAUUGCAUAUUUGGUCCGUAAUUCGCUAACUAUUUCUUCUAAGAAUAAAGUAAGAAAUACGACGAAUGGUUGUUUUGAAUCACCUUGUAUAUCUACAAUAAUUUUUUACUACAAAGAAAAACUUUUGUAAUACAAACCACUACAAACGAUUUGUGAUAGA